GUGAUUCUCACUGUUUUGCAGACCAUGAAACGGUGGGGCACGCCCCUUCAGAAGCUGUUGUUCAAGACAAUCUAGUUUUGUUUCAAAAACCUCGUAAGUCACUUAUGAAGUUUCCUGUUCAAAAAUUGCAGUACUGCAAUGAAGAAAAGGAGAAAGGUUACUUCAAAUCUUGACGAGAAGAUCCAUCUGGGCUAUCACAAAGAUUCUUCAGAAGAAAAUGGUGCUGUGGAGUGCGGCCAAGUGACCUACACUCAGUCUACAGAAAGACCAACUUCUGAGGCUCUUCAGUGUUACCAAGACCUUCCCCCCUCUCCAGAUCAGAGAAAGCUUUUGAGUUCUUUGCAGUAUAAUAAGAAUUUGCUGAAGUAUUUGAACGAUGACAGGCAGAAGCAGCCGUCUUUCUGCGACUUACUUAUCAUAGUAGAAGGAAAAGAAUUUAGUGCUCAUAAAGUGGUAGUUGCAGUCGGUAGUAGUUAUUUUCAUGCGUGUUUGAGCAAAAACCCAAGCACUGAUGUCGUCACCCUGGAUCACGUAACACAUUCGGUUUUUCAGCAUUUGCUUGAGUUUCUUUACACGUCAGAAUUUUUUGUGUACAAAUAUGAAAUACCUCUUGUUUUAGAGGCCGCAAAAUUUCUGGACAUUAUCGAUGCAGUGAAGCUGCUCAAUAAUGAAAACGUUGCUACUUUUCAGGCAGAACUGACUGAGAAGUCAUCUCCCGAUGAAACACUAAAUGAAUUAACUGGAAGACUAUCAAGUAAUCAUCAGUGCAAAUUUUGUAGUAGACAUUUCUGCUAUAAAAAGUCCUUAGAGAAUCAUUUAGCUAAAACUCACAGGUCCCUGUUACUGGGGAAAAAACAUGGGUUAAAAAUGCUGGAGAGAAGUUUUUCUGCACGAAGGUCAAAAAGGAAUAGGAAGUGUCCUGUUAAGUUUGAGGACACUAGUGACGAUGAACAGGAGAGUGGGGGUGGGUCAGACAAUUUGAAUCAAGAAAGUUAUGACAAGGAGAAGUCAGAUAGGAAUGAUUCUGAGGAUCCUGGAAGUGAGUACAAUGCUGAGGACGACGAGCUAGAGGAGGAAAUGUCAGAUGAGGACUCUGACACCGAGCAGAGUGAUAAGGAUGUCGCCGAAGAGGAACCCGAGGCUGGCGAUUCUGCAGGGAGCAUCCACGAAGGGUUAGCUCCGGUAGUCAUUCAGAACAGUAAUAAGAAAAUCCUGCAGUGCCCCAAAUGUGAUAAGACAUUUGACCGAAUAGGGAAAUACGAGAGUCAUACCCGUGUGCACACAGGUGAGAAGCCUUUUGAGUGUGAUAUUUGUCACCAGCGUUAUUCGACAAAGUCUAACUUAACUGUUCACAGAAAGAAGCACAGUAAUGAAGUAGAGUUUCACAAGAAGGAGCACAAGUGCCCUUACUGUAAUAAGCUUCAUGCGAGCAAGAAGACACUAGCCAAGCACGUCAAGAGAUUUCAUCCUGAAAAUGCACAAGAGUUUAUUUCCAUCAAGAAGACUAAAAGUGAAAGUUGGAAAUGUGAAAUUUGUAAGAAAUCUUUUACUCGAAGACCACACUUGGAGGAACACAUGAUUCUGCAUUCACAAGAUAAACCUUUUAAAUGUACCUAUUGUGAAGAGCAUUUCAAAUCCCGAUUUGCACGGUUAAAGCAUCAGGAGAAGUUCCAUCUGGGUCCCUUUCCAUGUGAUAUAUGUGGUCGUCAAUUCAAUGACACUGGAAAUUUGAAACGCCAUAUAGAAUGUACUCAUGGUGGAAAGAGAAAAUGGACUUGCUUCAUUUGUGGGAAGUCAGUACGAGAAAGGACGACCUUGAAAGAACAUUUAAGAAUACAUAGUGGAGAAAAACCUCAUCUUUGUAGUAUCUGUGGGCAAAGUUUUCGUCAUGGAAGCUCAUACAGGCUGCACUUAAGAGUACAUCACGAUGAUAAGAGAUAUGAGUGUGAUGAGUGUGGAAAGACAUUUAUUCGCCACGACCACCUAACAAAGCACAAGAAAAUACAUUCAGGUGAGAAGGCUCAUCAGUGUGAAGAGUGUGGGAAGUGCUUUGGUCGGAGGGACCAUCUCACGGUUCACUACAAGAGUGUGCAUCUAGGGGAGAAGGUGUGGCAAAAAUAUAAAGCAACAUUUCAUCAGUGUGAUGUUUGUAAGAAGAUUUUUAAAGGAAAAUCGAGUCUGGAAAUGCAUUUUCGAACACAUUCAGGUGAAAAACCAUACAAGUGUCAAAUUUGCAAUCAGUCUUUUAGAAUUAAGAAAACUUUAACAAAACACCUGGUUAUUCACUCUGAUGCCCGACCUUUCAACUGUCAACACUGUAAUGCAACAUUUAAGCGGAAAGACAAGCUGAAAUACCACAUUGACCAUGUUCAUGGGAUAAAGUCUCCUGAGGAUUCUCUCGGUACUUCUGAGGAGAAACUUGUGUCUUUGCCAACAAUAGAGUACUCAUCUGAUGAUAAGAUCUUUCAAGCAGAAACAAAACAGUAUCUGGACCAGCCCAAAGUUUAUCAGCCAGAAGCCAAGACUAUGCUGCAGAAUGUGUCUGCGGAAGUAUGUGUUCCGGUAACGUUGGUUCCAGUUCAAAUGCCUGACACAUCCAGCGACCUGGUGCCUCAUACCACUACACUUCCUCCACCAUCUCAUGAGAUGUUGCCACCUCAGCCGCAGCCAACUGAUUAUCCACGGGCAUCUGAUCUAGCUUUUCUGGAAAAAUACACUCUUACUCCUCAGCCUGCAAACAUAGUGCACCCUGUCCGACCUGACCAGAUGCUAGAUCCUAGAGAACCAUCUUACCUUGGAACAUUAUUGGGCCUUGAUAGCACAACUACUGUCCAGAAUAUGUCCAGUAGUGAGCAUCGCUCAUGAGUAAACAUUCCAUUGACCUUUUGAUGCCUAUGUGCUGACAGCCAGAAGCUACUUACUGGCUUUUCAAUUAGUAGGGCUGCUAUUUUUUUUUUUCAUUUUCCCCCCUAAUUUCUCAAGUCUUCAGAACAGCUUCAAAUCAAGAAAAAUUUAUUUCUAUUGACUGAAUACUUGGACACAUUUUGACAUAAUAUUUGAAGUAUGAUUUUUUAAAAGAUUAUUUAGUACUAAUUUUGAAUGGAUUUUUAAAUUUCAGAUUAUUAGCUGCUGACAAUGGUGGAGGUAUUUUUUUAAAUCAUCAGUGGAAUUUUUCUAUUUCUUUCCCCUUUUUUUUUGAGACAGGGUCUUAGACUGUAGCCCAGGGUGGCCUCAAUUUGUGGCAAUCUUUCUGCCUUAGCCAACCAGGUGUGAGCCCCAAGCCAAAGUUUACUUUUAGUCAUUUCUUUUCUUUCUUACCCACAUUGCUAUGGAGUUUUAAGAACCAUAUAGCCUAUAGAAAGGAAUGUAAGCAUAUGUCAACAUGGCAAAUUUUUAAUACUAAUUAAAUAUCAUUUCAUUCAGAUUUUCAAAAUUGAGAUUUGAAAUUUCUUACAUAUUUAUGUAAGAAAGUCUUGAUACAUCUAUGCUGUCACCUAUCCAUUACUUUUGUCAUCAUAUUUGGGGUUUUCACAAGCUGAAAGCUAAAAGCUUAAAAGUAUAAGAUUAGGAUGCUAAAUAUCAGAUUAUUUUAAUCCAGAUAAUUGGAUCUGUACUCAACUAUGAUUAACAAUAAAUACCAACAGAUCUAGGCAUUAAAUUAUCUAACUAAAUAUAUUUUAAUGAAAAUAUGGCAGUUUUACCUAGCUACCUUUAAGACAUUUAUAUUUGGUUAUUUAUUCUACAUUCAUAGUAUGUUUCAGCAUCUAGAUGAGUAAAGAAGGGACAGCUGUAACUAAAUGAAAGUAUAAUUAAAUCAUGUAUUUAGUGUUUUAUUUACAAAAUUUGGCUGGCUGAAACAGGGAAACGGAACCUAGACAUUUCACAUAUAAUUGUAAGAAAAGGUGCCAAACCCAUUGUCAAAUUUGCUCAAUUUAGCAUAAUUAGUUUUUUAGCCAAGUAUACUCCUAUUUAUAUAUACUAAAGCCAGAUCAUUAAUUUUGCUUCCUUCUGAGAUCUGUCUCUUUUUCAUUCUUGUGUUUGGAUGAGACAGUAAUUGACAGUUUGGUGAAAGGAGAUAGCAAUCACAGAAACACCUCACUAAUUAAAUUUAAUUGAAGAAAAAGCCUGCCGGAAUUAUAAAAAUGUGCACUUUUGCUUUUUUUUUUUCUUUUUUUUCAGCUUGGUUUCCACUUAACCUAGGAUGAGGUUUUCCUGGCGAGCUUGCUUGAAGGUUAGACUAGGCAGGGUUGGCUUGCUGAUAACAUUCAAUUUGUAUGUAAACUACUGGGAAAUUAGCAGCUUUUAAAUUUUUCUAUUUCAGUUUGUUUACACUCCUAAUUGCUUUUAGCACUUUUUUGUGUGUAAACUGUUAAGUCUUGCCUAGCCCUUGUGGGUUUUGAAAACAUAUCACGCAUAAAGUAAUGAACUUUAGUGAAUAAAACAUAAUCAAUAAUGCGGAAAUUGUUUAAGCACUUAAGAAAUGAAGGUACUUUAUAGGAACAGUUGCCAUAUUAAUGUUCAAGGAGCAUGUUGCAAAUUGAGGCAUUAACCAAAGUAGCUGAUAUAAAUAAUAAAGGUGACCCGAGUUUUGCCUCACUUAUAAAAGUUUGGUUGUAAUUGUAUUUGAACCGGUAAACUUAAUUUUAUAUUAUUUCUUAUUGUUAAAGCAUUCUUAUUAGUGUGGAAAUGUUUAUGGGGACUAAUGAUGGACCUGGGCUCUGAGGCACUAUGAGUCCUAGACUUUCAAAUCAAAUGUCAGGAAUAUGGAUUUAUGAUUUUUAUCCUAAAGGAGAUAAAGAUUUUUAACUAAAUAUCUUACUCAAAUGAAAAGAUCAUACCUAUAAAUAUACUUUGCCUUAGAGAUAAGCUAAUGUAGAAAAAUUUGGGUUUAUCAAAAAAGGCAAAUGAUAUAUAUAUAUGUGUGUUAUGUGCAUGAUAUAGUGUAUAUUUUGGCAGAAAAGGAGGAUACAACAUUUCACAGUGAAAAUAAUGCCUUGGGUUUUGAAGGUAUUUAAGGUUCUUUUAAUAAUGAUGCUCUAAUACUUUAAAUAUAUGAUUUAAUUUUAGAAAUUGGUUUACAUAGGACUUUUCAAGAAUAUAGUUCUUAUGUAAAGUGAAAUACAGUUGUAUAAUUGUAGUUAGUUAUUACUGCAGAUAAGCUGGAAUACUGUAUUAUCUAGAACAUUUUCACACGUUUUCUCAUUUGAACCUUGUAAGCAGUUCUGAAAUAGAAAGGGAAUGAUGUAUUUCCAUGUUAGAGAGAAAGGAGUCAUUUUAACUCUUGUGGCAGAUGGCAGUUAAUGGAAGGAGGAGACAGAGCAUUAAUGAAUGCAGACUAUGUGCCAGGCACUACUUUCUCUUGUUCUUAAUGUAGUCUGGAGGUAGGCAGUUAAUACUUAGGAAGAACUAAAUAAAAUCACAAUAAUGGGGAAAUUACCUUGCUUUCUCCAGAUUCCAAAAAUGUAACAACAUGGAUUUGGUUAAUUUCAAAGUUGGCACAAAAAUUGUAAGAUGAGCCCCAUAUUCUUAGUUUACCUUUCUAUGACUGUAAAAUCAUUUUGUAACUAAGCUUAAAAAUCUGAAUCUCACAACUAAGGUAGCCUCAUUGUGAAUAUUUUAUUUUGUGAGUAUAAUUUAUUUUAAAUUAAAUUUUGAUAGAUAACAGUUAGCACUUAAUCUGUAAAUUGAAUAAGUUAUUGAGUACAGAAAUUUAUUAACUUACUGUCUCUGACUUAAUGCACCAAAGAUUUUGAGUAGGUAUUGGAUAGUUUAAAAGAAUUUAAAUUCUUUGUUGUUUGACUAUAUCUUUGUCCAAAGAAGCACAGUUGAAGUCCUUGGAUAAUAGAUUAAAAGAUAAAUUGUUAGUUUGAAUACUGAGAUUAAGUAUUAAAUGUUUGUGUUUAUACGUAUAAAGUAAGUAGGGAAACUACUCUGGGAACAGUCACACUGACCAACCAGUUACAAGUUAGAUUACUCAUUUCUCUCAGUUUAGUUGGGUGCAGUUUUUUUAAUGAACACUAUGGAAUAAUAAGCUUAUUUUACACUACGUUAUAAAAAUAAUUUCUGCCUUAGAUUUUUUUUUAAGAUAAAGUUGAGGUUAUUUUUAUAAGAAACUCCUUUAGUUUUGGCAGCCUAAAAUACCGCUUAACCAUAGGGUGGUUUGUUCCUUAUGCCAGCAAGAUACCUUCAAGCAACUAUAAACACAGUACAGUUUGCAGACCUUUAGAUCUCUACUUCUGGGGAAAAGAGGAAUAAAAUAGCAUUUUAAACUGGUGCUUUAAUAAAGUGACUGCCUUUUAAGUGAUGGUAGCAUAAACGAAAUACACUCAUUUCUCUCAACUUUAAAGAGUGUCAAAGACACCUUUACAGAGUGACUCUAAGUGUUAAGGGCUAAUAAAUACCAUCCAUUGCUUUUCACUCAGUCACAGCCUAAUUAAACACAUUGACCCUGGUAUAUUUAAGAACUUGACUGUUGUUCCUACCAUAUCACUUUAACUUAUUAUUGACCGGAGACAUUUUGAGCAUUUAUUCUUUAGAGUGUUCUUUUUGACCAUCUUUUCUGGAUUGAAUACUUUGUACUUUUUCAGAGAUGUGUAGUUGUUUAGUGUUUUUUGUUUUUUUUUGUUUUUUUUUUUUUGACUACCUAUAAUGUACUGGUAAAUAAAUAGCUUGUUUGUUUUGUUUUACUUUUUUGGUUCUGAGUCUUACGUUUGUGUUGCCUGCUGGCUGGGCAACAGCCUUUUAUUUUACAUUGUUUUAUGUUAACAUAGAAAAAUUGGCAUUAAGUGAUAGUGUGAACGUUGGUUUUUAUAAUUUACAUUUUUUUUAUUUUAAAGUUUCUGCUAUGGCCUUUCUAGUUACUGGAGUCACUCCUCAGACAGAAGGAACAGUAUGUCUGCCCCUCAUGCCACUCUCUAUCUCUGAUUGCUCUCUUAAGUGACUUGUUCCCAUGAGCACAUAGCUCUGCACUGAAGACUUAGCUCACUCUUCCUGGACUCCACACGAUUGAGGGUGUGAGAAGAGCUGCUCCUAGGGAGCCGCAGGAUCCCAGUCAACAGACUUGAGUUGAUGACUCAGGAAAAAGCACGGCCUUUCAACAGAGUCAUGUUUGAACAUUUUAAGAUUUAGUGCCAAAUUUAAAAAGACUGAAAAUGCAUUAUUUAGUAAGGAGUAAGUAGUGUUUCUAAAUCUUUAAGUAGAAUUAUGUUAAAUCUUACCUGCUAUUAGUAUGAAUAAUGGAUGAGGAUUAUUUUCUGCACAGCAUAUAGGAACUAGACAGUUCUGUAUAUGCUACUCAUUUCUUUUGCACAUUUCCUUUCAGUAUCCUGUGUGUGCUCCUUUUUUUGGUAUCCUCCCAUGUUUAUAAAAUUUCUGCUGAUGAUACUUUCCCCUUUGGUAUCAGCAUGCUUUCUGCUCUUCCUCUGAGGAAGUAGAUCACUAAUAAUAAAAGCAAUAGGAUUAGUUUGUGUGGAAGAUGAGAAGGAAUGAUUUGGUAGGGUGUGUUUAUGUUUUGCUUAUUCAUGUUUUAACUUGCUGUAUAUUUAUCUAAAGUCUAUGUCCUUUGAAAGAUCCAGAACCAGUUAGUCUCUGCAGCCAUUUAUUUAGAGAGAAUUUGAGGAUGUUAUUUGGAGAAUAGAUGUUAUUCAAAGAUGAAAACCUUUAUGAAAAUGUUUCAAAUUCUUAAGUAAAGCUAAGUAAUUCCAAUAGCUGUGCUACUGCUGGAGAUUCUGAACUGUCCCUUAGAUGCAGAGCAUGUGCACAUCUCACUGUCACUAUGCCUCUCUGUUUGAUAUUCCUGCUUGCGGAAAGUUGAAUAAUGUCCUGUGCUGUAAUGAUAGAAUUCCUUUACUCAACAAUCAGACUUUUCUUCUUGUAAGUAAAGCUCUAUUACAGUUGAUGACAGUGAUUGCCAAACAUUACACAAACUGGGUGUUUAGUUGCUCCAUGUUGUGUCAAAACUGUUCUGUUUAAGGGAGGGAUGAUGUAUGUUAAAAUGGAAAUGGUUUUGUUUUCUGUUUCAAAUCAUUAUUUUUGUUUUUUAAUUAAGGACAGUUUUUUAAAGUAAUUACAAAGGAAAAUCUAAAAUCAAAGUUGAUUAUUUCCCAUUGUAUGUUAAAUGUUGAGUUUAGUAGCUACUUUGUCUCGUGUUUCUUAAGUAUAAAUGUCUUUGUAGCAAAAAUUCAGUUCCUUGUGAGUAGUAGUUGUCAUCUUGCAUAUUGAAUUCAUUCGUUGUGUUAUUUUGAUAUUUAAAAUAAACAAAGUUCUUUGGCCCUAGUAAA